AUGGCUGACUUCUCGUCCAGCAACGGCGUCCCGCCGGGGUUCCGGUUCCACCCUACCGACGAGGAGCUGCUGCUCUACUACCUCAAGAAGAAGAUCGGCUUCGAAAAGUUCGACCUCGAGGUCAUCAGGGAGGUCGACCUCAACAAGAUCGAGCCAUGGGACCUCCAAGAGAGAUGCCGGAUCGGGUCUGCGCCGCAGAACGAGUGGUACUUCUUCAGCCACAAGGACCGCAAGUACCCGACGGGGUCGCGGACGAACCGCGCGACGACGGCCGGGUUCUGGAAGGCAACGGGGAGGGACAAGUGCAUCCGCACCAGCUACCGCAAGAUCGGGAUGCGCAAGACGCUCGUCUUCUACCGCGGCCGCGCCCCACACGGCCAGAAGUCCGACUGGAUCAUGCACGAGUACCGCCUCGAGGAAAUCGACGAAGCCCAGGGCGGCACCAGCGAGGAUGGAUGGGUGGUGUGCCGCGUGUUCAAGAAGAAGUGUUUCUUCAAGAUCGCCGGAGGCGGCGAGGGGAGCUCGAGCCAGAGCGCGGACGCCGGCGGCGGCCACAUGGCCGUGUCCUCGCCGCUGGGUGGCCACGACCACGCUGACAGGGCCGCCAUGGCAUCCCACUACAUGCACGGGAUGCACCCGCAGUACCACCCCCAGCACGCCUCUUCCUUCUACUACUCCCAGAUGCAACCACCGGAGGCGGCCUACUCGCACCACGUGCAGGUCCAGGACCUCCUCACCAACCACCGGCCGGCCGCCGACGCAGCUGGCGGCGGGUAUGAUUUCUCCAGCCUGCCGGUCGAGCACCCUGGCCUGGACGUCGGCAGCAGCGACGGCGUCGCGGCGGAUGGGCUGGCCGAAGGAAGAGAUCAGACAAACGGUGCAGCCGAUCAGCAGUGGCAGCCGAUGGACGGGUUCAGCAACGGCGGGGGCGCCGCUGCAGUACAGCAGAUGAGCGCCAUGAACUCCGGGCAACGAGGUGGGGAGAUGGAUUUGUGGGGAUAUGGGAGGUAA